AUCGCGGCUAGUAAGAAACGAAGAAGCAUCUUGCCGACAGAGAGGAUGGACUUCAAGAAGGGCAAUGACCCCGGGAGUCUUCAUCGACACGGCGUUGGUGCCCAUGCCGGGCUUGGCGGUGCCGUACGCGACGUUCAAGGAGCUGAACGUGAUCGCGGCCACUACACCCAUGAUGUCGAAGAAGGUCGCAUUCGGCGGGCGCGUCCGGCAGCGCCAUGUUCUUCAUGUCGAGGCCGGCGCUGGCUCUCCCCGCUGCUGCUGCUGCUGCUGCUCGUCUCGCAUCAAGGGCUACCAGCCCAUGGCGCGCAGUUAUACCACCUCGAGGAUGGCCAACCGGCCGGCAGCGAGGAGUUUGUCGGCACGGGAGGCGUUGCGCCAAAGUCCAUGGCGGCGCCUUGGACUUUGAAGAGAAUGCAUACGGCUGAGGCACAUAUGGCGCUGUCUGACGAGAGGCCACGUACCAGGCAGAGCUGAGCAACGGCGUCAGAGACUUGUCCAGGUCGAACCCUGGAGACCCCGCUGGACGCAGAGGACGUGGCCUCUCGUGUUUACGCACACACUUCGCGAUU